UUGCUGUCGCUCUACCUGACCGUUCAGUCGCUCGCAUCGCCGGACCCGUGGUCGAAAAACACCGACAGACAGUUUUGUUCCCACCGCCUAGGGAACUUUGUCUCGUCACUCUUUGCAGCGCAUCACCAUCAGUCGAUAGGGGACUGACCGCCAUCGGCUUUCUGCGGCCAUGGCCGCUAACAUGCCGCCGAGGGCCCAGGUCGGGCAAAUGAUACCGCCUAAUCACAACCAAGUCACUCAGGCCGUUUUAGCUAGGUUGACGUCUCAGCCUCCGCCAGCGACCGGCUGGCAGGCUACACACAUUCAGCUGCCGGAACGCGUCCAGAAGACGUCAGCCCUGGCUACCAAUCUCAAGUUAGCUGGACAGGUCGACACCUGGCCAGAGGCGGUGAAUCUCGCGCUUGAGAUCGAACGGCGGGCCUUUGUGCAGUCCCCGGAUAAGCCGACGUACGAGAACCUACUGGGUCAGCGAUUCGCACAACUUGUAGAACAGCGACAGGCUCGCGCUCCUCUCAUCCAACAACAAAUGCAAGCCAAUGCGAUGAGACAGGCUCAGAUGGCCCAGCAACAGCACCAGCUUCAACAGCACCAGCUCCAGCAACGCCAACACCAGCAGCAGCAGCAGCAGCAGCAGCAGCAGCAACAGCAACAGCAGCAACAUCAGCAGCAGCAGCAAAUGAUGAUCAACCAGCUGGCCAUGCAAAGGGGAAUGGCGCAGCCAGGCUUUCAUCCCCAUCAGCAUCCAGCUCAAGUUACCACAAUGCCACAUCAAUCCCAACCGUUGCCCGUCGGUGUCCCCAAUCCAGCAGUCAUGCAGAGUCGUCUAGGUCAACUUGCUAUGCAGAUCACACAGGGCCUUCCUACCGCGCUGAUGGAGUACCAUGAGAUUCAACGCCUCACCGAGCGGGACAGGCCGCUCAUCAAGAAUUUCGCCUUGAAAAAAUUUGUCGCCAUUCCUGAGCCCCUUAGAGACCCACUCCGGGAAAAGGUACUAUCGCAACUGGCUCCCCAACAUGUCCAACAGAUUCGAGCAUUGGCAGUGGACCCGUUGAUGAUCUACUUCGAACAUCAAAGUUUGAAUCAAGCGCGUCGGAACAUGAUGGCGCAGUCACGUCAAGGCAUGGCAGCGCAUCCUCAACAAGUUCCUCAACCUCACAACCAAGUCAAUCCUACUUCAAUGAAUCCGCCGGGGCAGUCUCAUGGUGUUACCGAUGGGCAGCUCCUCCCGCCCAAUCUUGAGGCAAUCCGAAAUGAGCAGCAAAUGGGCCUACGUGCCCAGGAAGCCGGUCAGGUUGUUGUGCCACAAAGUCAAGGUCCCGGGGCCCCCGGACGCAAUGCCACCCCUGGCCCUAUGAUAAACCACAUGCACACGGCGGCUGCUCAGCAAGGGCCAAACCAAACGCCGCGGCCUCCGCCGAAUUCAGCGCCGCCCGGAUUCCACCACCCACCGGUCCCGAUGGAAACGUUGAACCCCGCACAGACACAGGCACAAAUACCGAUAAGGGGACAAGUACCGAACCGGCACCCGCAAGGGCAACCUGGAGGGGUUGGAGCACUGCCUACAACAUCGCAGAGUCCCGCAAUCAACAAUAUGGCGGCACCGAUGCAACAGUCCCCCACUCCCAUGGCCCAGGGGAUGAGGACAACGCUGAACCCGUCAUUCAACCACCACGCGAACGCAAGGCCGCCAUCAAUGCAGGGUAAUAUUAACGCCAGCAAUCCUGCGAUGGCUGCGAUGCUGGGUAAUUUGAAUCCGAACAAUGGUGGUGUGCCGGGAGGCUUUCCUGAAAACCAGAUCAAGGAUAUUAUGGCCAAGUGGGAGCAGAAUAGGAACACCACAGGCAACGCUCAACAGUUACCCAAGCAUCCUCAAGUGUCCGGGAUGCCAGCUCAACACCAGCUGAUCGGCGCUGUCAACACCCUCAACCAACCGCUGAACAUGGGAAGCUCUCAGCAGCCGGGUGGUGUGAUGCCGCCUGGCAUGCAGCCAGGCCCUGGUCAACCACAGCUGAACGGUCCGCAAAAUGCACAAACUGCGGCGAUGGUAGCCCUUGCCAACAACCCUCGGGCGAUACAAAUGGUCGACAAUUGGGAUAUCCCCGCACAUACGCUAAACGUAUUACGUGGAGCCGUACAACCCGCGAUCCUGCCUCCAAAUUUAAAGAAAUGGGCUCAUCUGAAGGCAUGGUAUCAGACAGCAGGCCUACCUCCUCAUGUUCAGGACAAGGUCGCCCAGUUGCUUACUACUUUCCAACAAAACCAGAUUCAGCACGUAAUAUUGCAAAAGCAGCAACGAGCACAGGCUGCCUCCAUGGGCGGAGCUCCGCAGAACCCAAAUGGGCCCGGUCCUUCACCGCAACCUAACGGGAUGCCACUGAUACCCCCAAAGACGAACGUUCCUCCUCAUGUGCUUCAGAUCGCCCCGCAUGAACUAGAAAUGGCCCGUAAGAAGUUUCCCGGCCAGUCAGAUCAGGCGCUUCAAGUUAUAAUACGUAAGACCAAGUAUGAGAGUUUUGCCAGGAAGCUGCAGGCAAUGAACAAUGGCGCCGGUAUGGUAAACCAGAAGCCGAUGGUGCAAAUGCCCCCCGCAGGGUCUAACCAACCAAAUACGGCCUCUUCUGGACCAGCAGCGCAAACACACGCCCAAUAUGCCGCACAAACCGGUAUGCAGGUCCCAGGUCCAUCACAGCAGCCUCCAUCAAUGCAGCAGCCGCAGCAGCCACAGCAAAUACAAGGGCAAUUGCAGGCACAACCGCAACCACCAGCGCCACCACCUGCGCACCAUCAUCAACAGCAACAGCAACAAGAACUACAGCAGCAACAACAACAACAACAACAACAACAACAACAACAACAACAACAACAACAACAACAACAACAACAACAACAGCGGCAGCAGCAGCAACAGCAACAGCAACAACAAGAUCAACAACGGCAGCAGCAGCAGCAGCAGCAGCAGCAGCAGCAAGUGCAACCACCGGUCAACAACCGACAACCUGUUCCUCAGAAGCCGAUGGACGGCAGUGAUUCAACUUCUGCGACUCCCGCGCUGUCUGUCUCAAGGAUUAGCCAGCAACCUCGAACUGGCCCGCCAAAUCCAUCACCGGUCGUGGCCCAAAAGAGCCUCAAACGAUCACAUCCGGGUGAUGUGACCGAUGUACCGCGCCCGAACGGCGUUCCCAUGCAGCAAAGUUUGUCGCAGGCGAAGCAACGUAGCGCCAUCCGUCCAACGGUCAGUGACCGUUUCAAGAAUAUAUGGGCAGACGAGGCAAGACAGGUGCAAAAAGAAUUUGAGCAGAACCCGUUGCAGCCGGUACACAUGCCGAUGGAUGUGUACCAAUCGGCUGUGCUCAAAAUACGCGAAGUCACCCAAAAGAUGAAUGAGUUAACCACUAUUCCGGGGGCUUUUGAUCGAAUGACAAACGAUGAAAGCUUGGUCAGAAAGCUUGCCCGUUGUAAUCUGAAAAUCAAAAUUCAAUCAGAAAAAGCGACCGGCCAGACUCGUAACCCCUUAACUAUUACGGCCCAAGAGAUUGAUGAGAUUAAGCUAUUCUUCGACGGUCUUGUCAAUCAUUUGAAGUCAGGAGCUUCUCAGGCCGCAACUCAGUCUACGGAGCAAGCAGCAGGCCAGCCUCAACUUCAUCAACGCGCAGGUCCAUCUACGCUAUCUAAUGCUGCGCCUUCGGACAAGCAAACACAGGUGCCCAAACAAGCACCGAAUCGGGCCUCUAACAAGAUCACGCAACCUCCGGCUGCACCGACGACAACACAACCACCGUUCGCGCUCGGGCAUGGCCCUGGGAUGUCUCCCGCUGGUAAUCCUGUCUAUCUCAAUAAACCUCCCAUUGGACCGACAGAUUUGCAGUGGCCUCCUCGGAAGAAGGCCAAAACCGGUGGGCCUCAAACAACGUCCCCAGCGGCUCAGUCGACCGCCAGUGCCUCGCCUCAGAUUCAGGCACCUUCGCCGGAAACAAAGCGGCAACAGGCCCCAGAGCCGGCGAAGCCGCAGCCGGAUCCUUACCUCUGCCCUGAGAUCGGCUGUGAAGGAAGUGUGGUUGGCUUCGCCUCAGCGGAAUUGCGUGAUAUUCAUUACCAUGAAGAGCACGUGAAACCAAAUGAGGAUCCUCUCAAGUUCUUGCAGGAGAACAUGGCUCAGGGUCUAGGCUUGGACGCACACGGUAACACCAAAGCGAUUUCGACUGUUGCGGAGGGUGCUCCUUCAGGCGCGUCCGGUAGGGCUUUGAAUAGUCCUAAGCAAGCUCAGACGCCCAUGAGUAAGCAGGAAUUGGCAGCGACUCCCAUGGCUCGCGACGUGUCGAUGAGGAGGCAAGGCAGCAGACUAGGCGCUAGAGGGCCUGACGCUGCAGGCACGCCAGGCAGUGGCAACGGGGCUCCUGCCCAGACGACAAUGGCCGAUGAUGCGUGGGCAGCGACCGGAGUCAAUCCCCAGUAUCUUUCCAACUUGUUUGCGACUCUUGACCCAGCCCAAACGUCUGACUUCAGCAUGUCGUUGUCAGAGACACCGAAUGACACGCCAGAAUCAAGUAAGACUUCGGAGCCAAGCAGCGAUAUAUCGGACGGUGUGGGUCUUGACAUCAAUAUGGACUGGGCCACCAUGGACCCGGAAAUCAUGGACAACCUGAACAACGUCAGCCUUGACGGCUACGAACCACCGGCGUUUGAUAGAGAGAUGAUGGUCAAUGACGCGUAUGCUAACGUGACGUUUGAUGACUCGGUCAUGGAUUUUUCAAAGCCUUUUAAGCUUGACACGUCGCUCUAUAUGCUGAAUACAAACUGAUUGGCGCUCUGUGGAGGAGAAAAGAAGGCAUCUGGGGUAUCGGCGGAGAAUGACAGGAGGAAGGUUGAUAGAUGAUUGAACGCAACGUCAAGGCGCAUGGUUCAUAUGAAGGGUAUUCUGGGACGGCGUUUUGGGGGUU